UUCGGGAUUGUCUAAAAGGCCAAGGGUAAGGCCAAAAGAAAGUUACUUACUUGAAUCAUUGAUUUGUUAGAAAUAAGGAUUCUUUGAAUACUUCUAUAGUGUCACUAAGAAGCUCUAGUAUCUUAGCCCUUAAAACAGCGUAGAUCGUUUCAUUGUUUUACCUAAAAUCAUACCCAAAAAUUCAUCCAAAAGUAAGUUAUUUAGAAAAGGUGGACUUUGGUUAGGUUUCUUGCUUCAAUGCGUGGAAAAGAAAUAUGGGAUUCUCUUUCUCAAGUUGAACAUCUGUCAGAUGGAACUAUAAGUGAAGUGUAUGUAGGGGUGAAUAAAAGAAACAACAUUGCAUACGUUGUAAAAAUUCAAGAAACUAGGUUUAAACGUCCACCUCAUGAUGCGGUACGCGGAAGAAAUAUUUUGAAGGAAAUAGAGCAUCCUCACAUUCAGCGUCUGCUUGGGUCAUUUUCCGAGCCAUCUACUUCCUGUUUACAUUUGAUUACGGAAUAUCAGCCCUUUGUACUUUCUGAAAUUUUAAACAAAUUAUCCAAAAAUGUCAAAAUUAACAUCGUUUCUCAGCUCGCCGAUGCACUCCAAUACCUCGAGAACAAUGGAAUUUUACAUAGGGAUAUCCACCCAAAUAACGUUUUGCUAGCUUCCGAAGAAGGACCAGCUUAUCUUACAGAUUUCAGCAUUGCUUGGUCAGAAAAAUAUCCCGGCGACGAAAAGGAAGAAUUAAUAUCCCAGAUUGGGACUAGCCAUUAUAGAGCAAUUGAAACUUUGUUUGGUUGUCGAACAUAUCGGCAUGAAGUGGAUCGCUGGUCUUUCGGUAUUUUAAUUGCAGAGUUAUUUUCAGGUGUACCUCUGUUCGACGAUGGAAGUUCGGAGGGUUGGCCAAGUGAGUUACGACUUAUCAGCAAUAUAUUUCAAACACUUGGCACCCCGAACCUUGAGAUGUGGCCGGAGCUUGCAAAUUGUCCUGAUUGGAAUAAAUUCAUUUUUCACGAAUAUCCGCCAAAGCCUUGGGAGGAUAUUUUACCAAACGUUGAUCCAACUGUCCGUAAAGUGGUUUCUAAGCUUGUUAAUUACCCAAACCGAGCAUCACCAACUUAUGUUAUAGAAAAUAUCAAUCUUUAAUUGACUCUGUUCAAAACAACGAACUCCCGAAAAUUUCCGACGUAAUAUAAAUUUACACUUGUAAUUUAUUUGUUGGUUUUAGUCUUCCAACUAUAUGAUUGUUCAUAAUGACGGAUUUUACGAACUCGUCGUUGAGAGCUUUACUUCCCGGUGUUUGUUUACACCACCACAAUGACCUAGGCAUACCUAAUAUAUGGCUAAUUGCAAUGUGAACAUCCACAACUCUUUAUGAGUUUAAUACUUCUA